AUGAGUAAAACACUGGCGGUCUUAGCCAUCAUUGGCGCCGUAGUCCUUGCCCAAAUCGAAGUGGAGGAAUUUGCUGAAGAAGAUGCUGCGGACAAUGGAUCACCUAGGCAAAUACAGUACAAACCAGGAGGCGGAAGGCACCAUGGGCAUGGACCAUCGUAUCUCCGCAAUGUAACUAGAGAGGCUCGAAUGGAGUACUAUUCAAUUCUGAGAAAUUCGGCUCUGACUAUCGCCCAACAAAAAAUGGAGAUCGUCGCGUGGGCGGAAAGGCAUGGAGUCGAGGGUCAACUUGCUGAAUUUAAUGUAAAUCAAACUCUAAUAAAAGAAGAAACGAGGCAAAAUAUCACCCUGCUCUUGUCUGUACUACCCUAUGCAGUGCAAAGAAUGCACGAAAUCAUAGAUAAUGAAGACCAAACUUUUGCACAGCAACACCAGGCUCUUCGAAAUCUAACGAUGGAAAAUCCGACUCUUUUCCACGCCGCCAGAUUUAUCAAUGAUUUAUUUUCGAGGCGGUGUUGUGGAGGCAGAGGUGGUCCUGGACCCCGGGGCGGUCCAAGAGGACCUGGAAGAGAGAUGGACUCAUCGUUUGCUGUAUCUGAAGCGGACAUGGAAGAGGAAUGA